AUGAAACUGCCACUGAGUCAACCUCACUUCUGUUCAUUCCUACUGCUGGUGGUUUUAAACUUUCUCCUUUGGGAGAAAGCUGCAUCAGUUCCUGCAUGUAUCAGAGAUGAACACUGCUUGAAACCCGUUGUAGCAACAUUUAACAAUGCCCUCCAGCGAGCUGUAACCAUUCAUAAUCUUACUGAGCAAAUGUAUCUACAGUUUUUCGUCAGUAAAUUCUCUUCUGGAUAUUUUGUAGCUUUUAGUUCACAACUGACUAUGCUUGAUCACCUUAUUAUCAAAGCCACGAGUUAUUGCCACUCUACUAUCACAAACCCUCCAAAUAUUGGACGUGAAUUCAUACAAUUCAAAAGCAAAAGAUAUUUAAAAAUGUUGAUCAAUUUUGUGGGUGCCUGGAUCAUCCCUCUAAACCGUCUAGUGUUUGAACUGAGAGUCAUAAAAGAUGUUUCUGAAACUAUCCACUCAAUCGCCAAUGAGAUUGAAAGGAACAACAAACUACUCCUGGAUGACCUUAAGUGGAUAUUUACCAAGGUCUAUCCUAAAGGAAGGUUGGAGGAAAUGUUUCCCAGAUGGGAAUUUCUUUCACUCAUAAAAUCAAAAGACAAAUUUUAUCAAUUGUUGGCAAUAUUUAACCUUUCCAACUGCUUACGCAAAGAUAUAUACUACACUGAAUUUCAUAUCAAAACAUUGAAGUGUCGCAUAACUAAUGAAGGUUGUUGCUAA